CAMGGAUAUUAUCUUCAUCUAAAUGCAUGAAAACUUCAAAUCAGGUCAGCUGUUUCUGYGAAACAGCAGGAAACCCGUCUCCGACAACACAUUGGUACUUGCAUGGGAAACUGGUUAAUCAGUCUAGCCAGAUGGUGAUUACACAUGAGUCUCUAAAUAACUCGAAUCUGAGGAGCAUCAUCACUAUUGAUGAACCACAGGACAGAGAUCUGUCCACCUUGCAGUGCKUCAGCUCCAACUAUUUGGGGUCRGCCASWAAARGGUUUUGUGUCAGCUGCCUUGACAACCCCAAAGAAAAUGAAAGUCAAAUCCUGACWCCUGUCUUCAUUGGUAUUGGUGUAGCUUUUCUACUUACAGUAUGCGCCUUGCUGGUUGCUGUCUGGUUUCAGAAAACUCACCAUAAACCUAAAAGUGUCACAGCUACUUCAGGUCAACAUGGAGCCAAAGAGCAAACCAAGGCCGACAACAGCCAGCCUUCAACUGGGACUGAUCUGAGCUGCAACAAGCCAGAAAAAAUGAGUAAAAGCUCAGCAGACAAAAGUGAAGAUGUKGUGUAUGCUCGUUUAAAUUGGAGAGAAAAUAACAAWGUGAAGGAGGAAGAUAUUUACGUGAACCUUGAACUGUCCGAGGGCCCCUGUUUGAAUGAGAAAAAGUGUGACAAUGGGGGAGGACAUUCUGUGAGCAAUAAAGAGGAAAUAGAAAGUAUGCAUGCUGAAGAKAAGACUAAAAACAUGAGAAGGGAAUCAGAGGUUGUAUAUGCUCAGGUUAAAUUUCAGACCAAAMCCCCAAAGUAAAUUAUCAUUCUCUCAACAUAAUAGUGAAAUUAAACUCAAGUGAAAUAAAAGUUUAACAUUGGAAAUCAAAGAUGGCUUAAGAAAARCAAGAUCCUCAUGGCUUACACGUAUUCAUUUCAUUCACCCAUUGGURCCCUGACCAUAAAUAUAUAGACUUAAUAGUGCUUGUAGGAUCAUAACACUCUCUGUUAAAAUGUUUCCUAAGUACACAACAACAACAAAAAAAUGUAAUGGCACAUCAUACAGAAAGCAGGGAAAGUUGACAUGGAGWAUGCUUUAUGUGAGUUUGGUAUGAGCUCUGUCAUGUUGGAGAUGAUCCAGUUGUUUGCUCACUUGGACCAAAUAACUUAGUCAGCACUGAAAAGCCUGUGAAGUCCUGUGUGAUUUUUUUGGAGCUAAUAUUAUCACAAUAAUUUCCAACUUAACAUCAAAAUACCUGAGCUGGGAUGUUCAUGCAUGAGGUUUGCAUGUUCACUGCUUGCAGAGUCUUUUUCUCUGCUCUCUCCUUCUCUCUUCAGUCUGAAAAUAUCCAUGUUAGGUGAUCUCUAAAGACAGUUCAURUAAUUCUGUUUUGUUUUUAGUCUGUGUUGGUUAUGUGAUGGACUCACAUUCCAURGAACAUGUUCUGUCCCUCUUAGCUCUAGGCUGUCUAAAACMAACUGAGAAGAAUAUACGUGUAUGAAUCUGAAUCUACACAUCAGCAACUACCAUKUAGAGACUGAAGCGUAGGAGAAUUUAGUCGUGUCAUCCUCAUCACAUUUUAACUGAACUYGACUAUAAAGYAAAAACCUUAAAUGCUAUUUCUAAUUGUCCACAAAGCUUCUACCKUCCACCCCCCUAGAAAGUGAUAACUCUACACUGAACAUGGAGCCACCAAGAUAUACUCAAAUUUCAGUCCUUUGCCUGCUCCAGUAACUGUAAACACAAGUUCCAAUGGCAAUGUUCUAAUAAAUUUAUAUUUUCUAAGUAUGACAUUACACAAUAAAUAUCUCUGAUAAUUAAAGUAUUAUGGGGUUCAUCAUUGCAACACUGACUACAUGCCAACAUGCUUAGUCAGCAUGUUGUCAGCAAAUAAUAGAUGGUUAAGUCGAGAUCACAGGGGGAAAUUAAGUAUAGUGCUGUUCACAACUGUUUGCAUUUACGUGGUUUUUUGGACUUGUCAGUUUUUAAAUUAGUUCCUCCUUUGUUAAGACAUUUUCUGAAAAAUAUGGUAAGCUCACUGAGAUGGCUUCUCUACUGAGCAUUUGAAUCCUGGGAUUAUUAGUGCGCAGAUAUUUAAACAAGUGUUAAAAUUUAAGGAGGUGAAGGGAAAGGAGUUGUGAGAGCUUUGUUCAGAGGUGAGUCGUGUUCACUUAUAAUGUCAAACUUUGAGCUUGUUUUUGGAGAUUAUGAAUUAGAAACCUGCUAAAAAAUGCUACCUUUGUAAAUGUAAAGAAAAAAAUGCAGUUGAAUGUUUAAUGGAAUGUUUGUAGUUCUUGUGUUUGUUUACUUAUGCUAACCAUAUUUUUUCCAACAUACUGAAUAAAAGA